AAGAGAUUUUACAGAGACAGAGGGCGACGAUAUGGAAGGAAACAAGAAAGUGGGGUCGUCUUCGUUACUGUCGGAGCUGUUUGGUUCCCGAGAAAAUUCUCCUUCUUCUUCUUCGGGAUAUUUCGAGUCGAUUUUCACUCCUCCUUCCAAGGCUUUGGGAAGAAGAACAAUGACCGGUAACUGGAACAGACCAGUGGAUUCCUCAAACGAGGUUUGGAGCAAAAAAUCUUCAGACACAGGCGAGAAUGGUAGGACCUGCAAAGAACAGGAGAACCCGGGUUUGAUUAACAGUGGCCCGGGUUCAAUCUAUAAGGAGCAGAAAGUGCAACCGUGCCAUCUAAGCUCGUCGAUCUUUUAUGGAGGUCAAGAUGAUUAUGUUCGGCCUCAUAGUGUCAGUGGUUCGAGCAUGAACUCUACGAUUUUGCAGUACAAGAAAGAUGGAGGAGAAGAUGAUUCAGGAAGUGCCUCGAGAGGAAACUGGUGGCAAGAAUCUCUCUAUUACUAAAGAGUUUUGCUGGCCAAUGUUAUACUCCUACCAAAACAAGGUGAAUAGGAGCAUAGGUAGCAGAAUAUCAAUCAAUCUUUUUAUUUCUUAACUUACAUCUAAUGUUACAUAUAUAUAUAUAUAUAUAUAUA